CGGUAUUGAGCAUUGUAUACCACCGCACGUAUGACUACCCGUUCAUUUUCCCGUUUGCAGCUUGCUGCUGCUCUCAUUGAAUACGACAAUGACGCAGACGACCCGGAAGGCCCCUACCGUAUCGCACGCGAAUCUGCCAUCUUCGCUCACACAAGACGUAGUGCACGCCCUGAAGAUAGCUACGGAGGAGACAGCUUCCGCCGCUCCAAAGCGGAUUUCUUGAAUGUCAAGCUACCCAGCGAGCUGGACGCUGCGAGUGAGCGGAAGAGCAUGAGUAGUGGAAGGAGGACACCACUGGUUGGAUAUGGAUAUCAACAGGAUAAUGAGAUACAUGGAGAAGAAGUCGAUUUAGCUGAGUGGGGGCUCGCGAAGAAGGAGAAUGAGGAGGAAGAUAAGGAGGAAGACGAUACGUUUCGCGAGCCUGAACGCAGGCGUGCUGUUUCCGAAUUCCUCCCUGGACCCAGUGUCCUCCCACAAGACAGGGGAGACCGCAGACUGUCGAUCGCUAAGAGCGAACUGCUCCCUGCCUCGGGAGGUUUCAAGGAUCAGCGCGCACGACGAAGCAGCUUGGGUGAUUUCGGCGCCGGAGGCGCGUUCUUGGAUGCUGCUCGUACUUUCCCUGGAGGGAGACCAGAUCAAGGCCAACGCUCAUUUACCGAGCCUAUCAGCCAGCAGAGGAGGAACAGCCUCGUAGCGCUCGACGAUAGCGCAUCCCUAAACAACCCGUGGUCCCCAGUCGACGGUCCUACCACUGUGCCCUUCCCAAGCACCGAACCCGCCCCUCAAGAGGUGGAAGAGAACCCCUUCGCACUUCCCCCACCUUCACCCAGCAAAUCUUCUCGCUUUGAUCCCAAGACUCACGGUCGCACGCUCUCCACCGCCUCCAUUGGCUCACGCGCGACGUUAAUGGAUGACCAUCGUUCCUCAAGGUAUAUGUCUACUGGUCCUGGCCCUGAUGAUGCACGCAGCUCGAGGUACAUGCCGGAUGACGCGCGCAGCUCGCAAUAUUUCCCAGCGGACGAUGGACGAUCUAUCGCCGGUUCAGCAUACUUACGCGACGCGCAAGCCCAAGGGCAGGGACAAGCAGAAAGGGACGAUGCGCGCCCACGCCGCCUCUCUGGAUGGAAUGUCCUCCGUCCCAAAGUGCUCGUUAUGCCCAGUCCAUUGCAAGAUGAGGAGCAUGCUGCAAUGCCCUUAGACCUCGCUUCCCGCGGUGGGUUCGUUCAUUCCAAAGACGGCCCGCCCCUCCCUCCCGGCGCAAAGGCAGAACAUCCCGCCCCUCGACCGCUCAGCAGCAUGACCCUCGCCAGUAAAGUCGAUCCUUUGAACCCGCAAUCGCCGCUUCACCUCAACCCGCGCGAGUCGCUCACCCUCUCCCAGCUCACCUUCAGGAACUCUUUGAUGAACGAUGUCGCGUAUACGGAUAUGGGGCUCAGGAGGGCCGCUGAGGAUGGUGAGAAGGUUACGGUGGAAAUGGAAGAGGAAGACGAACCCUUGGUGAAGUCCGGGCGGGCACCAGGGGCUUUGUAUGGAAGGAGUUUGAUCGAUGACCUCGAGGCGAGGAAAGCUGCUCUCCGUGGCAAACAGAGAGUCUUCAAAGGCGACGAUCGACCGUCGAUGAUGGACCGUUCAGGUGUUAAGCGCUCUAGCACACUAAUUGAUCCUGCCUCUUUCGGCGACACCCGCCCACCCCUUGCGCGCCGGAACACUAAUAUGUCGACGGGCAGCGGGAGGAUGGGGAACGCCCCGCUGCUGUCGUUCGAGGGCGAGGAUACUCUGACGUCUCCUAUUGACCCUACUGGAACGAACAGGAUAGCCAAAUCCAAGUCCACAUUCGGUGUGGACCAGCUUUGGGAAAAGGAGCUCGCCAAACUGCAGGUGAUCGAAGCUGAGGAACAAAAGGCUGCUGAAGCCCAGCGAAAGAAGGACGAGGAGGAGGAAGCGCGUCGGCGAAAGAAGGUCAAGGGAAAAGGCACACGUGAACCGUCGGCGUUGGCCCAAUCAGCACCGGCACAACCACCGUCUGUAAGGCGGAUGUCGUCUAAUUUGGAACUUCCCGCGGUGUCCGCAGGCGCGAGUCUGCUUGAUGACAGUAAUCGACGACACAGCACCGUGACUCUCGGUGUCAACAAUUGGUUUAACUCGGACAAUGACGAAGAUGAUGAAGAUGAGAGCGGAGGCGAGAGGGCCGAGCUCAUCACACCAAAGAAGGCGCGCCAAACGACCUACAACUCUCCCCCAACUCUGCCACCUAGUCUGCCCUCUCUGAGCCACCAGGUUGAUGACAGCAGCGAAGAUGAGGACGUGCCUUUGGCUGCGCGAAUGCAGAAGCUCGCAGGCACUGGCCUUCCUCACAAGGACUCAGAUUCUGAGGAAGAAGAGAUGCCGCUCGCUGCAGUAAUAGCCAAGAAACAGCUGGAGCGGAGCACUUCUUCUAAGCCCGGCUCGUUAGGGUCUGGCAAGCCAGGGAGCACGGAGUCUCCCAGAUCGCCGUCGUUCACUGCUCCCGCAAAGGGGGCGGCCUUGCCUAAUCUCGACUUCGGUGGCACCACUGGAGGAUUCGCCGAAAGUCUUGGCCUAGGGAUCAGCAGCGCUGCGAACGAAACCUCUACCAAGCGCGCAACAGCGGCGGCGGAUGAUAGUGAUGAGGAUAACGUACCCCUUGGACUUCGUCAUCCCAGCACGCAUAUUCAUUCCCCCGGAAAUGCUGGAGAUGAAGAUGAGGCGCCGCUUGGUAUGCGUUUCCCACAAGCUGCAAUGCAACAGCAAGCCCAGGCCCAAGCUCUCCAACAACAGCAGUACAUGCAGAUGAUGAUGCAACAGCAAAUGGUGUGGCAAGCUGAGCAGAUGAGAACCUCGAUGGCGUUUGGAGGAGGCAUGACGCCGCAGAUGACAGGCUUCCCGAUGUCUUACGGCAUGGGGGCACCUGCGGUGAUUCCUCCGGCAAUGUCCGAUCCUGGCAAGUUCAAUCGAGUGGACCAAUGGAGAAGAGGUGUUGGUGCAGAUGAACAGUAGAAUUAUCCCUUUUUCCCUUCUUUUUUUGCUGUCACUCACCUCUGAACACUCUCACGGAGACCAUACCACUCUAUGCAAUGUGAUAC